AUGGUGGCCAUUCGCCAAAUGCUGAGACGAACUUUGUCCGACGAGAGGAGAUCAGCUGAGGUUCCAAAGGGGCACUGUGCUGUCUACGUUGGAGAAAAUGAGAAGAGACGGUUCGUCAUCCCUGUGCCGUACUUGAACCACCCCUCGUUUCAUGAACUGCUGCUACAAGCUGAGGACGAAUUCGGGUUCCACCAUCCAACUGGUGGCCUCACCAUUCCUUGCAGCGAGGAUUUUCAUGUCUCCUUUUUGCAACUUUUUACAAGCCAAGUCUCUCAAGCUGAAGUCCCAAAGGGGCCUCUUGCUGUUUAUAUUGGUGAGAAUGAAAAAAGGCGCUUUGUCAUUCCGUUGUCGUACUUGAACCACUCUUCGUUUCAAGAACUGCUGUCUCAAGCUGAGGAAGAAUUCGGGUUCCAUCACCCUAUGGGCGGCCUCACCAUCCCCUGCCGCGAGGACUUAUUCAAUGACGUCGUCUCUAGCUUGAGCAGACGAUGA